AUGGAUGAAGAAGAAGCUUGUCCAGAAUUAGUCGAAGACGAUGGUAGCAAAAUCCCUGUGACUAUUAUUACUGGAUAUUUGGGCGCAGGAAAGACCACUCUACUGAAUUACAUCUUAAAUGAACAACAUAACCGACGAAUUGCUGUUAUUAUGAAUGAAUUUGGCCAAGGCGACUCCAUCGAAAAAUCAAUGUCUGUUGGACAAUCUGGAGAGUUAUUUGAAGAAUGGUUAGAAUUGCGCAACGGGUGUUUAUGCUGUUCAGUUAAAGAUUCUGGAGUGAAAGCCAUUGAGAAUUUGAUGGAAAAAAAAGGAAAAUUCGAUUAUAUUCUACUCGAAACAACUGGCCUUGCAGAUCCAGGCCCCAUUGCAUCAAUCUUCUGGCUUGAUAGUGAACUCGGAUCUGAGAUCUAUUUAGACGGCAUUGUAACGUUAAUUGACGGUAAAAAUUGCCUUAGGAGUUUAGGUGAAGAAAGACCCAAAGGAAUAAUAAAUGAAUGCGUCAGACAGAUAGCUUUAGCUGAUUUAUUGAUUGUCAACAAAACAGAUCUAAUAGAAGAAGACGAGUCCAUGAACAGCUUUGCUAACAUUAUAGCAACUAAACGGUCAAGUGGGUUAGAAAUUCUAUCCAGUAGAUGGUCUGAUAAGGAUACAACUUCUACCAGUAUAAGUAAUCAUCUCGAGCAAAAUGUCAGCACCGCUCUGAUUGAAUUCGAAGGAAAUAUAGAUUUGGAACCUCUAGAGACAUGGUUGCAGGAUUUACUAUGGGAAAAAAACAUCAAAAAUAAAAACAAUGAAGUAAUGGAAAUUUUGCGUUGUAAGGGUCAGUUAUCAAGUAGGGGUUGUGAUAAGCGUAUACUAUUCCAAGCUGUGUAUGAAUUAUAUGACAAGGUAGAAACUACGGAGUGGUUAGAAAAUGAAAGAAGAAUCAACAAAUUAGUUUUUAUCGGCAGAAAUGUGGAUCACGCUAUAUUAGCCGAAGGAAUACAACAGUUUAUUCUUAAUUGA